AUGACUUUAAUUACAAACAGUUUAUCACUACAAUUGAUAACUAUUGCAGUACUGACACUACAGCGACAAUUGUCUCACAACAACAUCAACAACAACAACAACAAUAGCAAUGGUAACCAAUGGUCGGCGGUGGCCACUGAUGGCUACGAUUAUAUAGUAGUGGGAUCGGGAUCGUCGGGUGCUGUAGUGGCCGCCCGAUUGGCCGCCGCCAAUCCCACCAUACGGGUAUUGCUACUCGAAGCUGGCGGUCCGCAAAACGAAAUAAGCGAUAUGCCCGGUCUGGCACCGGCACUGGUCGAUACGGAAUCCGAUUGGCAAUACAGGACAGUACCGCAGCAGCUACUCGGCCAGGCAUUUAGGGACAGGCGUAUACGGCAGCCGAAAGGUAAGGUUAUUGGCGGUACAUCGACCAUCAAUUGGAUGCUCUAUAAUAGAGGCAAUCGUCGAAGCUAUGAUAGCUGGGCCAGGGAUUACGGUGCCCAGGGAUGGUCCUAUGAUGAAGUGCUGCCCUAUUUUAAAAGAUCGGAAAACAAUACCGAUGCUCGGGUUGUCCGUGAAAAUCAGGGCUACCAUGGCCAGGGUGGUCCCAUGCAGGUAACAUCCAUGCAAAAACCGGAUCAAAUACUUGAACUGUUUCAGGACGUAAUGAACCGGAACGGUAUACCGACCAGGGAUAUCAAUGGCGAGUCCCAGUUGGGCACCUGGAUCUAUCAGCUAACAGUUGACAGUCAGGGUACCAGAUCGGGUACAGGCAAUGCCUACAUUGAUCCGAAUCCCUAUCCAAAUAAUUUGCAUAUUCUGACCAAUGCAAUGGUCUAUCGAGUGGUAUUCGGUACUACAAUAAAUGGCCGGCCAAUGGCCACUGGCGUACAGUUUCAGCUAAACGGUAGACUAUUAACGGUAAACGCUAGCAGUGAGGUCAUAGUAUCGGCCGGUUGUAUAGCCUCACCACAGUUGCUGAUGCUAUCGGGUAUCGGUCCCAGAGAUCAUCUACAGUCACUGGGCAUUAAAGUGAUAGCCGACCUGCCGGUUGGCAACAAUUUCCAAGAUCAUGUAUUCAUACAUCACUACUAUAUGGUCAGCAAUCAAUCGUAUGUAAACCCAACGGUUGGCCCGACUGUCCAGCAAUUGUACGACUAUUAUGUCGAUCAUACGGGUCCGCUGACACAACUGGCCAAUUCGAUAACGUUUUUUUCGACUGCCGGCAAUCGCGAUGACCCCCAGUGGCCAAACGCUGUCAUUGACGUGAAUGCCUAUAGUGUUAAGCGGACAAUGAGAGAAGCGGUCAGUAUCUACGGUACCGAUAGAUUGGACGAAUGGCGCGACUACUGGCGCCCCUAUAUUGGCCAACCGUAUGUACUGAUAACAGCCGCUGUCUAUCGGACCAAAUCACGCGGUACUGUCCGUCUGAAUACAACCAAUCCCUGGGAUCACCCACUGAUCGAUCCGAAAUAUCUGUCGGCCACUGAGGACAUGGAGGCGUUGGUCGAUAUGACUAAAACCCUGUUCCGAUUAACCCAAUCGCCACCGUUUACCGAUUAUGCCCGUAUGAUACCGACACCGGUACCCGGUUGUCGGUUUUGCGGACCCGAACUACCGCUCUAUCGAUGCGAUCAAUAUGUCCGCUGUAUUAUACGCCAGACGGCCGAUACAGCCCUACAUCCGGGCGGCGCAUGUCGUAUGGGUUCAGCCGAUCGUCCGGAUGUUGUAGUCGAUCCGCGUCUACGUGUCAAAGGUGUCGGCCGAUUGCGAGUGGCCGACUCGUCCGUGUUUCCCGAGUUGGCCAAUGCUAAUACACACGCGGCCAGCGUUAUGGUCGGCGAAAUGGCCGCACAAAUGAUCAAAAAUGAUAAUAAUUUAUUAUAA